AUGCAGGCGACGCACGUCGUCUAUGGUAUCAAAGGUGUACUACCUUUCCUCCGUCGUACGGCGCCCUCGUGCUUCCAGCCGUUGAGUCUGCCGGACCUGCGGCAUGCACGCAUUGCCAUCGACGCAACACUGUUAACGCAGCGGCUCUUUUAUCGUGAUCAGAACGAUCCAUCACGGCACUUGUCAGGCUUUUUGCAGGUUAUACAUACGUUGCGGCAGCACAAUUGCACGCCGAUCAUGGUAUUUGACCAUGUCGAUGCACGACUCCCUCAAAAGGCGCGCGAGCAUGCGAAGCGGCGCAUAACAAACCAGCGUGCCCAGUUUCGGUACAAAGUCGAGACGGCUCGACAUGCGCGAUUACAGGCAUUGCUCACAUGUGUGGAUGCCUACGACGGCAUGUCCAUGCACGCCAAGCAUGACGUCCGUCACUUGCUCCAGCAGUGGGUCGCUAAGGCUGAGGGCGAGGUGGACCUAUGGUCCACCGUCCCACUAGAUGCUAAGACAUGGGACUAUAUGAGUACGGUACCUCUGCCGACGUUUGACGAAGAAACCACAGUGCCCAUGGUCUGGACGCCAAAUGAUACAAACGACGAUGCCUCGGUGCUCUACGAUGACGCGCACUGUGACGAAAGCACAUGGGCAGACCCGUUGGCCUAUGACUGGGUGGAUGAGCCAUGUAUAUGGAGCAGCGAUGCGUCGACCACGGGCAGCUUCGCCAUCACCCCUGCCUCGUUGGCUCAUGCGAUGUACGCAUUGCAAGCCGAUCAAAAGAUGUACCAAGAUCACGCAGUGUAUACGGAGUCGGCAUCACAGAUACCUUUGACGUAUGCGGAGAAGGACAUGUACCAGACCCUUUGGAAGGGACCAACGGACGCCCAUGGUCAUCACCUGGAUAUGAUUGCAUAUGCUUGUUCACAAAGUGAACGACUUGUGCACAUGUAUCGACGAUCGUCUCGUCUUGCUCCUAAGCAGGCGUACAAGGACUGUAUGGAACUGUGUCACUGGCUGCAAGUGCCGACUUUAGUGACAGGCGACGGGACCUCACAAGGAGGGGCUUUGCAUGAGGCAGAGGCUGUGGCAAGCGCCUUGGUUCAUCAUGGAUUUGCUGAUAUGGUGGCAAGUGAAGAUAGCGAUGUGCUGUUAUACCAGGUGCCUCUUUUACGCGGCCUAUCUAGCUUUACGCUGGAACUCUUGGAUACGCAGCAGGCACGCGAGACAUUGUUCCCAUGUGGCGAUGCAAAACAAAGCUACCAGUACUUAUUGGAGUUUGCCUUGCUGUGUGGCACCGACUUUAACCGCACAGUACCUGGUAUUGCCGCCAGAGGCGCAUACCGUUGGAUUUCUCAUUAUGGUACUAUUCGUGCACUUCUACGUGCUGAGACAGGCCGGUUUCGCCCACCGGAUAUGCUCACGCGAGAGGCGUACGAGGCGGAGUUGGACGAGGCACGCGCCGUGUUUGCGCAAAAACCAGAUGUGCGUGUCACCGCCUUAUCAUUAGGCUUGACCCAGGCACAGCCCACGCCGGAUUCUCUGCAUACGCAAACGGAAGUCCCGAAGUGGGCUGCAUUUUUGAACCGUACCGUCUCGUUCCCGGAGGCCACCUCGCUCACUCCUCUCUCGAUGGACCGCAAAGGACUGGUGGCCUUUCUUCAGGCUCAUCAAGUCCACAUUACAGCGCCCUGGCGCGAAACGUACGAGGUUCCUGAUAUCUCCGCGCAGCCAUCUGCGCUCGUCGAACCGACGUGGGCGACCACAUCACUUGCGGCACAUGCCGCUGCACAAAAGGAAUGA